CCGAUGUGCGCAAGCGUGGCGCAGGGACGCACGGAUAACACGGAAGAUCGACGAGAAACAAGACGACUCCCUGCUGUUAUCUGAAGUGCAGUUAGAAAUCAAAUCACCCACGAUUGUAGUAAAGGCAUUCGUGUGUUAUUUAACGAGAGAGAGAGAGGCCAAACAGAGCCGCUGCCAGCGAGUUAGUGAGGGAGAAAAGCCGCAGUUGUUGUUGGGAUGACGGCGGCGGAGUUGCGCCUGUUCGACUAGCCAGGCUUCCGUUAGAAAUAUUGUCCUUUUCCAGACUGAAGAUGCCAGCUCGCAGCGUUGUGUCCAAUGGGAUUCCUAACAGCAAGGUUAGGUACUCCAAAUUAGCCAGUGAUGAUGACGGCUACAUUGACUUGCAGUUCAAAAGAAGCCCACCCAAAGUCCCAUACAAAGCCAUCGCAUUAGCCACUGUCCUCUUCUUAAUCGGCUCUCUGCUAAUCAUCAUUGGCGCCCUUCUCCUGGCGGGAUACUUUGGAGUCACACCCUCAGACCGAACUGUGCCUGUUCUUAUUAUUGGAAUCCUUGUCUUCCUGCCUGGAUUUUACCACCUACGGAUCGCUUACUAUGCAUCAAAAGGCUACAGGGGUUACUCCUAUGAUGAUAUCCCAGACUUUGAUGACUGAGCCAGCCCCCGCUCCUCCUCCACCACACACACACACACACACACACACACACACACAGCUAGCUUUAGCACUGGUCUUUUUGUGCUAAAAGUAACUCAUGUUUGCGCUUGAAUUUAAGGCAGCCAUGCUGUUAAAGAACAUAGGUUUAAAUAUUUUCAGUAAAUCACCUGGUGUGUGAAUUACAUUAAUGCUGAAUGAUUUUUCAUUUUAUUCUCAUAAGUCUUUAUUCUUAAGUAGUUAAUGCCAACCUCCUGGUAUAAAGCAAAAUCUGUAUCAGACAUUGCUUUAUUCAAUUACUGUUUUGUUUCUUUUGUUAGCUUGGUCAAUAAAUAAAAUUGUAAUUUGAUGAC